ACCCACGAGGGGAGAGGGACAGCUCCCUGUGCAGGGCCGGGCAGUGGUUCUGGGUGUUGUUCCUCCUCCCCCGAGAACCCUGAGCAGCUCCGGGGGGGCCGCAGUGCUGGGGUGGGCGCACCAGAGUUCGAUGCGGCCCCCACCCUGUCGGCGUCCGCGCGGGGAGGUCUUGCGCUGGCAGGGGGGCCUGGGCCUGUGGCGGAAGCGGCUCCUGGCGGCCUCCUACGGCUCCCGCACCGUCCUCUGCUUCGCGCCCACCCGCAGCCCGUCCGACUGGCUCCCGAGCGAGAGUUCAUCAAGUCCCUGAUGGCUAUCGGCAAGCGGCUGGCCACGCUCCCCACCAAGGAGCAGAAGACGCAGCGGCUGAUCUCGGAGCUGUCCCUGCUCAACCACAAGCUGCCCGCCCGCGUCUGGCUGCCCACCGCCGGCUUUGACCACCACGUGGUCCGUGUGCCCCACACCCAGGCCGUCGUCCUCAACUCCAAGGACAAGGCUCCCUACCUGAUCUACGUGGAGGUCCUCGAAUGCGAAAACUUCGACACCACCAGCGUCCCCGCCCGCAUCCCCGAGAACCGCAUCCGGAGCACGCGGUCCGUGGAGAACCUGCCCGAGUGCGGCGCUGCGCACGAGCAGCGGGCGGGCAGCUUCAGCACCGUGCCCAACUACGACAACGACGACGAGGCCUGGUCGGUGGACGACAUCGGCGAGCUGCAGGUGGAGCUCCCCGAGGUGCACGCCAGCAGCUGCGACAACAUCUCCCAGUUCUCCGUGGACAGCAUCACCAGCCAGGAGAGCAAGGAGCCCGUGUUCAUCGCCGCGGGUGACAUCCGGCGGCGCCUGUCGGAGCAGCUGGCCCACACCCCCACCGCCUUCAGGCGAGACCCGGAAGACCCCUCUGCUGUCGCCCUCAAAGAGCCCUGGCAGGAGAAAGUGCGGAGGAUCAGAGAGGGCUCCCCCUACGGCCACCUCCCCAACUGGCGGCUCCUGUCAGUCAUCGUCAAGUGUGGGGAUGACCUCAGGCAGGAGCUGCUGGCCUUCCAGGUGUUGAAGCAGCUACAGUCCAUCUGGGAGCAGGAGCGUGUGCCCCUGUGGAUCAAGCCGUACAAGAUCCUGGUCAUCUCGGCCGACAGCGGCGUGAUCGAGCCGGUGGUGAACGCCGUGUCCAUCCACCAGGUGAAGAAGCAGUCGCAGCUCUCCCUGCUCGACUACUUCCUGCAGGAGCACGGCAGCCACACCACUGAGGCCUUCCUCAGCGCGCAGCGCAACUUCGUGCAGAGCUGCGCCGGCUACUGCCUGGUCUGCUACCUGCUGCAGGUCAAGGACAGGCACAACGGGAACAUCCUCCUGGACGCGGACGGACACAUCAUCCACAUCGACUUCGGCUUCAUCCUGUCCAGCUCGCCCCGGAACCUGGGCUUCGAGACGUCAGCCUUUAAGCUGACCACAGAGUUUGUGGACGUGAUGGGCGGCCUGGACGGGGACAUGUUCAACUACUACAAGAUGCUGAUGCUGCAGGGGCUGAUCGCCGCGCGCAAGCACAUGGACAAGGUGGUGCAGAUCGUGGAGAUCAUGCAGCAAGGCUCGCAGCUGCCCUGCUUCCACGGCUCCAGCACCAUCCGCAACCUCAAGGAGCGGUUCCACAUGAGCAUGACGGAGGAGCAGCUGCAGCUGCUGGUGGAGCAGAUGGUGGACGGCAGCAUGCGCUCCAUCACCACCAAGCUCUACGACGGCUUCCAGUACCUCACCAACGGCAUCAUGUGACGCCCGCCGGCCGCGCGGCCCCUCAGACGCCGACCCAGGACCCACCGACCGCCAGCCGAGGGGAACGGGAGGCGAGAGGCAAGGAUCGUGUGGUAACCGUAGCUUGCCGGGGAGCGCGAGCCAGCGCGGGGCGCAGACCUGCUGGGCUCCUCGCCCCGUGGCGUCGGUGCCACCACCCGACAGACGCCAGCAGCGCCGCCCGGAGAACAGGAGCUGAGAGGGCCCUGGGCCGCGUCCCCCAGGGCCCGGAGGGCCUUUCCUCAGCCGUGCCCGCCGCAGCUCCGGACCCCAGACGGGCGGGACGUUCUUGCUGCUGGAGACGCGACCCCGUGGUCGGCCUUGGGCCAUGCUGCUGCCCGACUGUCCCCUCCCAGGGACCGACCCCGGCCCAGACCUCCGUGGGCAGCUCCGGCAAAGGGUCCCGCACUCGCCACGGUUCCCCGUCACAGGCCACGAGGGCAUCGGCCACGCCACGGGGAGCUCGCGCCCCGGCCCCUCCCACAGCCGGGGAAAUAGCUCUCGAUUUUUUAAUUUGUUUGAAAUAAAGUCCUUAGUUAGCCACCUGCCUCGUCUGAGCCGUGCUUUCCCGGUGACGAGGGAGCAGGCGGACGAGGAGCUAAAGGGGGCCCCAGAGCCAAGGUGGAGGCCAGCGGCUCACCCCUCUGCGCCCGGCCCCCCGGUUCUCACCCCGCCCUGUCGAGUCCACACCGUCCGAGUCGCGCAGAAAGAGCCUGAGUGGGGAUCAAACCAGAGCAGUUUAAUGGCCGGCUUCUCUCCCCGGCCCCGCGGUCAGUGUCUCCACUCCGAGCGCGCAGCAUUCCUGAGAGCCGAGCCGCUCUUCCCCGGAACCCCCUUGACAGGACUCAUCCCCACCAGCCCCCCGAAGUCUGGGGG